UUAUUUGUCAUUUUGUCCUCGGCAAUUGACAUUGACAAUUCCACUGCUUUUUUUUUGACAGUACCUAGCGAUUUAGUUGGGUUACUUUUAGGUUAGUUAUGGCGAAAUUCAUAGCGCAGUUAAUUGUGGCCGGCUCGCAAAUUGUCGGAAGGGCGUUCGCGAGGGCUUUGAAGCAAGAGAUCGAAGCUUCGCAAGAGGCUGCCAAACGCCUAGGGAACACGAAGACGCGCGCCGAAAGAAUUGCCAAUAACAAGGUCGGUUUGUCCCUUGACGAAGCCAAACAAAUACUGAAUGUGGACGAUUUGGAUAAGGAGCAAAUCCUUAAACGAUACGAAUCCCUGUUCAAAUCGAACGAAAAAUCCAAUGGGGGUUCCUUCUAUCUGCAAUCGAAAGUCUUCAGGGCAAAAGAGAGACUAGAUCUCGAGUUAUCCAAAGGAGGAGGAGGAACAAAGGAAGACGAAAAUAAGACGUAGCUGUUCAUCAUCCCCAAGUUUUUUUUUAGUAAUCUAGUUAAUUAUGUACAUAUAUAGUGAAAAGAACAUUUAAAAUAAA